AUGUUUGAAAUUUGCAGCCUGUUGUACAAUCCAACAACGAAAAGUUUAGCUGUGAUAUUAACGUUAAGCUGUCUCUCACUCCUGUUACAAAACCUACCGCACAGCAAUGCCACCUGUAUUUGGUAUGGCCGCAGUCACAUGGAGGGGCAACAUUGGAAAAAUAAGGCAUAUGACGGUGAAGCAUUACCCUUAAAUAAUCCAGAUGCUGAAGCGAUAUUUAAAAGACGUUGUCCGGUGCUAUACAAUGAAUAUAAGGGCAAUGAUCCGGAUGCUCCCCUAAAUUUAUGCUGUGAUGGUAGCCAAAUCGAAACGAUGGAUCAGGGUAUGUCACAAGCUGAUGGUAUUUAUUCUCGAUGCCCCACAUGUGUCCUAAACAUGGGUCUCAGUAUUUGCUCAAUGACCUGUGCCCAAAAUCACAGCCUCUUCCUGACGCCCUAUCACAAUACCAACAACGACGGUGUGAAAUAUGUUGAACAAAUCGAUUACCGAAUCGAUGAUGAAUUUGUCCAAUCAAUUUACAACAGUUGCAAGGCUAUACAACAUUCUCAAACGGGUCGUCCAGCCAUGGAUCUAGGUUGUGGUGCCUAUAAUGCCCGUACCUGUGAUCAUCAGAAAUGGUAUCGGUUUAUGGGAGAUGCUGACAACGAGUACGUACCAUUUCCCAUUAAUUACAUCUUCAUGACUGAUGAGUCAGAGGAGGAGGGGGAACGCUUAAAGAUGAAUACAUUACCGUGUUCCGAGGCCUAUGGUGAUUCUUAUGCAUGUGCCUGUAUUGAUUGUCCGGAAUCGUGUGCCAUUACCGAUGUACCAGUGGCUCAUGAGGAUGCCUUCGUGUUUCUCGGUUUAUGUAUUGCCGCUGGUUUUGUGGUCUUCAUUGUGGCGUUGUGGGUAUUUGAACGCUUCCGAUCGAAAUGUAAUAUUCCAGGAUGUUUCUCCGGAUUUGGCUGUUUCAAUGAUGUCCUCUACAAAGUCUUUCGGUUUGGUGGUACAGUCUGCGCCAAGUAUCCAGUUUUGGUUUUGGCCAUUUUGUCAUGGGUCAUAGCUGGUAUUUGCUAUGGUAUUGUCUACAUGCAGGUUACCACGGAUCCCGUUGAGUUGUGGGCCGGCAAAGAAAGUAGAACCCGUAUUGAAAAGGAAUAUUUCGAUUCUCAUUUUGGCCCCUUCUAUCGGACCAAUCAAGUUUUUAUUAAGCCCAUAAAUGCAUCAGGGUUUACCCAUGCUACAUCGGCCGGUGUUGUAGAAUUUGGUCCUGCCUAUGAAAAAAGUUUCCUCUUGGAAGUAUUUAAGUUGCAGGAAGCCAUUCAAGCAAUUGGCAAGGAAGAUGGUGUAGGUCUCGAUAAAGUUUGUUACGCUCCUGUAAUGUAUCCUGGCGAAAAGCCCACUGUCGAUAAAUGUGUUGUCCAAUCCAUUUUUGGUUUCUUUCAAAAUGAUUUGGAAUUUUUCGAAACGGAAUAUGAAGAUGAAAAUGGUUAUAUCAUAAACUAUUUGAAUCAUUUGGAAGACUGUUUGAACGUUCCCAUGUUGGAGGCCUGCUUCGGACCCUAUGGUGGUCCCAUUGAACCCGGCAUUUCCGUGGGUGGUAUGCCCAAAGUAAGUGGCAAUGAGGAGCCUAACUAUUUGCUGGCCACCGGUUUGGUCUUAACUUUCCUGGGUAAAAAUCAAAACAAUGAAGAUCUGCUGGCACCGAAUCUGGAAUGGGAAAAACGUUUUGUGGACUUUAUGAAAAACUAUAGCAACGACAAGCUUGAUAUUGCCUAUUCUGCCGAACGUUCCAUUCAAGAUGCCAUUGUUGAAUUAUCCGAAGGUGAAGUGUCCACAGUUGUGAUCAGUUAUUUGGUGAUGUUUGUCUAUGUGGCCAUUGCUUUGGGUAAAAUCCGCAGCUGUGUACAUUUCUUCCGUGAAUCGAAAAUUGUCCUGGCCGUUGGGGGCAUUAUUAUCGUAUUGGCAUCGGUGGCUUGCAGUCUGGGAUUCUGGGGUUAUUUGGAUGUGGUCACGACAAUGUUGGCCAUCGAAGUUAUUCCGUUCUUGGUAUUGGCUGUUGGUGUGGACAACAUCUUCAUAAUGGUCCAUACCUAUCAACGUUUGGAUCGCAACAAAUUUGAUAGUGUAGCUGAGGGCAUUGGUGAAGCUAUGGGUCAGGUGGGACCAUCGAUAUUGCAAACAGCUGGUUCGGAAUUCGCCUGUUUUGCUAUUGGUGCCAUAUCCGAUAUGCCUGCGGUAAAGACUUUUGCCAUGUAUGCUGCCGCUGCGAUUUUCUUUAAUUUCCUCUUCCAAAUUACGGCAUUUGUGUCGAUGAUGGCUUUGGACGAAAGACGUUAUGAAUCGGGUCGCAUGGAUCUGUUUUGCUGCUGUAAACCAUCAAAACAAUCUUUGGAACAUCGAAAUCAUGAAGGUGUGGGUGUAAUGCAAAAGUUGUUUACACAUAUCUAUGCUCCUUUCCUGUUGACCAAACCCGUAAAAAUAAUUGUCUGCAUUGUGUUCUUUGUGGUCACAACCCUAUCAUUGCUGGUCACACCUAAUUUGGAAUUGGGUCUGGAUCAGGAAAUGUCUAUGCCCAAGGAGUCUCACGUUGUCAAGUAUUUCCGUUAUAUGGAUGAUUUAUUGGCAAUGGGUGCUCCUGUGUACUGGGUUCUUAAACCCGGACUAAACUAUACCGAUCGUGAUCAUCAGAAUCUGAUAUGUGGUGGUGUGGAGUGUAAUAAUAAUUCGCUGUCGGUGCAGUUAUAUACUCAAUCUCGUUAUCCUGAUAUAACAUAUUUGGCCCGUCCCGCCACAUCAUGGAUUGAUGAUUAUAUUGAUUGGUUGCGCAUUGGAGAUUGUUGUAAAGUGAACACCACCGAUAAUAGGUUCUGUCCAAGUAAUUCCAAAGAAUACGAAUGUAUACCCUGUCCACGAACAUUUAUGGAUGAUGGUCUGAGACCCACAGAUGAAACCUUUAACAAAUAUUUACCUUACUUCUUAUCCGAUUUGCCAGAUGCUGAAUGUGCCAAGGCUGGUAGAGCUUCAUAUGCGGAUGCCGUGGUUUAUACUCUCGAUAAUGAAGGCAGCAGUACAAUAUUGGAUACCUAUUUCAUGCAGUAUUCCACCACCUCUACAACUUCGGUGCAAUUCUAUUCGGCGCUGCGUGAAGCCAGACGUGUGACGGAUGAGAUUAAUGCUAUGUUCAAGGACAACAAUGUGGAUGCCUCCGUAUUCCCCUAUUGUGUAUUCUUCAUAUUCUACGAACAAUAUCUGACAAUAUGGGAUGAUGCGAUCUUCUCGCUGGGUAUUUCCUUGUUGGCCAUAUUCUUGGUUACCUUCCUUAUAACGGGCUUUGAUAUUAUAUCCGCCGGAAUGGUAUUGUUUAUGGUCGUGCUGAUUUUGAUAAAUAUGUGCGGUAUGAUGUGGGCCUGGAACAUAACCUUAAAUGCCAUUUCGUUGGUUAAUCUUGUGGUAUCCGUGGGUAUUGGUGUAGAAUUUGUGUCGCACGUAAUUAGGUCAUAUAAAAAUGCCACUGGUACGAAACAGGAACGGGCACGUCACUCCCUUUCGGUGACUGGUAGUAGUGUCCUGUCCGGUAUUACAUUAACCAAAUUCGCCGGUAUUAUUGUUUUGGGUUUCUCAAACUCACAAGUUUUCGAAGUCUUCUAUUUCCGCAUGUAUUUGGGUAUUGUUCUUAUCGGAGCAGCACAUGGCUUAAUAUUGUUACCUGUGCUAUUAAGUUUCUUUGGUCCCCGAAAUAAAUUAUAUCGUGAACCAUCGGAAUAUAGUUUAAAUAAUUACAAUUUAGAUAAAUAA